GAAGCUGCUGCAGAUCAUAUCAUUUGAUCCAUUGACAAAUGGCUUAGGAACAAAUACCUGGCUGCAGGAAGUGAGGGAGUCUGGGAUAUCUAGUGUAGUUGCUGCUAAGGUGGGGGGGAGAUCUCAGGAUCACUGACACAGACACUUCCUACCCUCAUCAUGACUUCAGCUCUUGCACCAGGAAGCUAAGCAUCUUCUAUCAUGUACAGGCUAUUUAUCAGUCCUUUUGUUUGUGUGAUGGCAGCAGCACUCUGACUGCCCCCACCAUGGCUGCCAAGGAACAGCUGUAUACCCAAAUUAUACCCAGAAGGAACAGGCAGCAAGGCAGAGCUGGCACCAUCAGGCAUGGCUCAUCCCUGGAAAUCCUCCUGUCCAUGGGAUUCCCUAAAAGCAGGGCGCAGAAAGCUUUAGCAUCUACUGGAGGACGAAGCGUUCAGGCCGCGUGUGACUGGCUGUUCUCUCAUGUAGCUGAUCCUUUCUUGGAUGAUUCACUGCCUCGCGAAUACGUACUCUAUCUGCGGCCCACGGGUCCCUUAGCGCAAAAACUCUCCGAAUACUGGCAGCAGUCUAAAGAAAUCUGUGGGAAGAACAAGGCUCAUAACAUCUUUCCUCACAUAACACUUUGUCAGUUUUUUAUGUGUGAGGACAGUAAGGUGGACGCCCUCUGUGAAGCUUUACAAGCCACUGUCACUUGCUGGAAAUCAAAGCUCCCAAACCCGUUACCGCUGGAGCUCUACACCUCCUCUAACUUCAUUGGUUUAUUUGUUAAGGAAGACUGUGCAGAAGCUUUAAAGAAAUUUGCUGCUGACUUUGCUACAGAAGCUUCACUGAAGACCGAAGUCCUGAUUGAACCUCACAAGAAACAACUGCAUGUGACCUUGGCAUACCAUUUCCAGGCUAAUCACUUGUCAACGCUGGAGAAACUUGCACAGAACAUUGACAUAAACUUAGGAUGUGAUUGGGUCGCUACCAUAUUUUCUCGAGAUAUACGAUUUGUUAAUCACGAGACGCUGCAGGUGCUAUAUCCGUAUUUGCCCCAGAACGAUGACGAACUAGAACUGGUUCCAGGAGAUUAUAUUUUCAUGUCACCGGCAGAACAAACAAGCACAAGUGAAGGCUGGAUAUUUGGCACAUCGCUGGCAACGGGGUGUUCAGGAUUAUUGCCAGAGAAUUAUAUUACCAAGGCAGAUGAAUGUGGCACGUGGGUAUUUCAUGGAUCAUACUCCCUGUUAAACACAUCCCACUCGUCUGCGCUUUUAGUUGGCGACGGUGUGCUAGAGAGACGGCAACAGGAGGAACAUAGCCUGGGAGAAACCACUUCACUGACCAUUAUAUGUCAGCCUGUGCAGCCACUGAGGGUGAGCAGUCAGUCUGGUGCGAAGAAGCGCUGUCUGUUUGUUUGUCGUCACGGUGAGCGGAUGGAUGUUGUGUUCGGGAAGUAUUGGCUUUCUCAGUGUUUUGAUGCAAAAGGUCGGUAUAUGCGAACCAAUUUAAACAUGCUUCCAAGUUUACCGCAGCGAAGCGGGGGCUACAGGGAUUAUGAGAAGGAUGCGCCAAUAACUGUGUUAGGGUGUACACAAGCCAGGUUGGUUGGUGAAGCUUUAUUAGAGAGUAACACUGUGGUGGACUUUAUCUAUUCCUCGCCAUCAUUGCGUUGUGUACAGACGGCGCACCACAUUCUGAAAGGUCUGAAACAGGAAAGUAAAGGCAAAAUCCGUGUUGAGCCUGGUUUAUUUGAAUGGACCAAAUGGGUGUCUGGUAACACUCUGCCAGCGUGGGUACCUGUGACAGAACUGGCAUCAGCCAAUCUAAGUGUUGAUACAACGUACAGACCUCACAUCCCCGUCAGCAAGCUGCUGGUCUCUGAAUCAUAUGACACAUAUAUGAGUAGAAGCUUCCAAGUUACCAAGGACAUUCUUAGUGAAUGUAAAAGUAAAGGUGACAAUGUUUUGAUUGUAGCACAUGCAUCCUCUCUAGAAGCAUGCACACGGCAACUCCAGGGACUGACACCGCAAAACGCAAAGGACUUUGUACAGGUUGUCAGAAAGAUUCCUUAUUUGGGGUUUUGCUGCUGUGAAGAACUAGGGGAUACUGGGUUAUGGCACCUGACUGACCCACCGAUUCUUCCUCUCACUCACGGCCCAACAGGCGGGUUUAACUGGAGAGACACUUUACUUCAGGAAUGAGCGGAACAUUCGUUUACAUUCUAACUAGUUCUCUAUGAAAUGUCUCCACUAGACGCGAUGGAACCUGCCGUCUGCUCCUGCUCGUCCAAAUAAAGCAACGAAAGAAGAAAUCUUUUGCUUAUAUAAGAUAAUAUGUAUUUUUGUUGCAAAUUAUUAUUUAAAAGAUACAAAAUAAAUUGCUGUAAAGUAGAUUUAACAAA